AUGCUCAAGUGCUUCUGGAUUUUGCUAUGUUUGUCGCUGUUGAUCCUCGUUGCUUCCUUCUUACUCUACAUUACAGACAUCGGCACGCUGGCCUGCAACUGGAUCAUCCACAAAAUAUUCUACCUUUCUUCUGAAAACGGACUUUUGUGGCAGAUUUGGGAGGAACCAAAAAAUCCAGAGGGCGCAAAGAUCCAUUCCAACUUCGACUUUUACAUCUGGAACAUCACCAAUCCGACAGAAGUGGCAAAAGGGUUGACCCCGGCGAUAGCUGAAAUCGGGCCGUAUUGCUUCGCGAACUUUGUGAAGAAAAUUGACAUAAGAGAGGAGAAUGACUCAGUCUUUUAUCGCAACAAGCAGAAAUUCGCUGAAAGAAAGGACGACCCAAAAUGCAAAGUGACUGGCAAAGAGACGAUUUAUCACAUCAACGUGCCGUUCCUCGUCGUCGAGAAGCGCCUGGCCAAGAUGAACAUGUUUAUGAAGGGGCUGGCGCGCUCGUUUAUCCCAAGUGAUUGGAGCCUAAUCCAAAAGCACUCGAUCGAAGAGAAGCUCAAGUCGUACGGGCAAACUGACACGACUGAAUUCGGCUUUUUCAUGAAUCAAAAUGAAUCCAAAAGUUUUGAGUUUGAAGCAAAGUCUGGAAAGCAAAAUGUAAAAGACACUGGAAAAAUCACCUCUUGGAACGGGCGAAAAGACCUUUCUGAUAUCUGGUUCAGUCCAGAUGCUUUCACGCUUCAAGGCUCUGAUAGUAACUCGCCCAUGGUCCCCCCACUAGCAAAUGCCAGCCGACUCGAUAUUUUCGUCGAUCUUCUUUGUCGGAGCUUGUAUUUUGAAAGGACGGAGCAAUCGAGAGUGAGCAAAAUCAAGGUGGACGUCUACAACGUACCGCUGGAAGAGCUGAAGAAGGAAAAUAACCGGGGCUAUUGGAAAAGAGGACUGACGAAUCGAGACGGGAUGAUUGACCUGUCGAGCUGCAUGGAGCUGACGUUUGGCGAAUCUGCGCCGCUAAUUGCUUCGCUUCCUCAUUUUCUCUACGCUGCUAAAGGGCUCGAGAAUCUGUUCAACGUCAGGCCGUCUAUCGAAGAACACUCUUCGUUCAUAAAAGUCGAGCCAAUGACGGGGAUAAUUCUGGAAGCAGCAAAGCGCUUUCAAUUAAACACUUUCGUCAGCAAAAAUUUCCACCCGGGAAAGCCGAAGAACAAUACUAUCAUUCCAGCUUUCUGGCUCUCCCAAACAUUCUCAGCGGUCGAUCAUCCCGGCCUCUUGACAAAAUUCGGGCAGCAAAUUAGAUGGCUCGUUCUAGUGACCAACUUUCCGCUCGUUCUUCUCGUCAUUGCCAUUUGCGGAAACUUGGCCGCUUUUUUCAUCGGCUUCAAAAUUCACAGUCAAGCGCGACGACCGAGAAGAUCGCAAGCUCGAUCGCUCAAAGAGCUCGGCCAAAUCGAAUCUUGCAGCAAUGAAACUCUCGAGCGGCAGAAUUUAACCACGAUUUCAUGA